GAGGUGGCAACUGCAGGGCAUUGCGUUGUGUAGCUGUGGUGUCAUUUGCGAAGAUGCGGCAUUCUACAUCUUUGUCAUUUCCGGCGUGGUGCCUCCUUGCCUGUUUGUCUUUCAUCGCGCCGUCGCUGGGCAUUCCCGCAGUGACCACCAGGACAGCAUUCCAGCCAUGCGUUUCCCUCAGCAGCAUCGACGCGCCAAGAUCCGCAGUGCUGGCGAGGCGGCGGCCACGUGUCGGUGAUUCAUGGGCUCUUUCCUCAACAGUGAAGGGUCCGGAGCCUCGGACAAUGGCUGCAGUUGACGAGAAGCCGCGUGCCGCUGCUGCCGGUGCUUCGGCAGUGAAUGUGGAUGAUCCCGUGGCGAUGCGGGCGAGGGAGGAGAACAAGAGAGCCAAGGAGAAGAUCGAGGCCGACCUGAGGGAUGAGGAGCAGAAGCUCAGGAAGCUCGAGGUCAGUCAGUGAGGUGCACACGAACCUGCCUGGGGUGGGGCGAAUGUGAUGUGCAGUUGGACGUGACUGACUUUUCAAAAUGUGUGUGUGUGUGUGUGAAUGUGUGCAGCGUCUGAUGAAUGAGUUUGAGCAGCAGGGUCGGGAUAGAUGGACAGGCGCAGACAAGCUCGGGGAAUGCAUCAGGGACAUCCGCGCACAGAGAAGGUCAGACAGUCACACACAGGCAUAGCACACACCCCUUCCAAUGGUUGGGUGUGUUCCGCCUGUUCAGGAUAUCUGAGAAGCUUCGGUGGAAGCUUCAGUUCCUGGACCUCAACAUGGACAGACCCAACGCUGUCGAGGAGGCGGAGAGGUGCGUAGUGACACACAGGGACACGUAGCCAGCCACGCAUCCAUCCAUCCAUCCGUCUGUCUGUCUGUCUGUCUGGCGGCAUCAUGGUUGUAGGUAUUACGAGGACAAGAGGAUGGCUCAGAAGGAGCGGGAGCUCAUCGAUAAGUACCCCAACUGGCAGUACGAACUGGAAGAGAAGCUGAAUCCUCUCUUCGGUGAGUGCGGUGCCAACCCGCCCCUCUCUCCCACCAAGACAUCACACGCCAUGUCAUGACACGCCUCCUUUCCCACGUGGUGUGGCAGAUACGCCCGUGUACAAGUGGGUGGCUGACGACGAGAAGUGGUCUGACGUCAAGCUGGCGCUGCUGGCCCUUCCCCUGGCGCUGGCCAUCUGCUGGUACUCAUACUAUGUCAAGCAGGAUGUCAACAUGAUACCACCGGGGGCCACGCCGGGCGGCAUUCCGCCGUCCUAGGGAGUGGGCUGUGGGCGUGUGGUCGGACAAUGAAGCUAAGGUGAGAGGUGUGAAUCAUCAUUUUUUGGCCUGACUGCCUGCCUGCCUCAUAGAGGCGUGUGCAUGUUUGUGUGGAGUGGAGUUGGG